AACUUCACGUAGCACUUGGUUGGCGGUUCAAUUUACAGUCUGUUUCUCCCCGUGAUAUCAUCGUGUCCCAGCAUUCGUAGGGGCCCGAAAACAUCACAACAAAUAAUAUUAUGACUCGAUCAACACAAAAACAUUAAUCCUCCCUCCCUUCCUCUUUCUCCCUCAUCAUUUCCGAUCACCCCAACAAAAUUCAUCAAUAUCUCCUCUGCAUCAAUCUGCAUGCACCGUAAGCCCAAUUCAUUCUAACAAUCUCAUAUUCAUAUUCAUGUUCGUUUAGGUUAAUAUUCAUAUGUGACAACUUAUUCAUUUAUUUAAUUAAAACGGUUAAUUAAUAUUCCGAUGGAGAAAGAACCGCUUCUUCCGUCGUAUCCCAAAGCACCCAGGUCACCGGCGCAGCUCGGUGUCUUACCGGAACAAAAUGAGAUAACAAUUCCGGCGACUCUUACUCCGAUGGAGUUUAAAGAUAUGCUCAUAUUUGGUUCUCCUAGAGAAUCACCAUCAUCAACUUCACUUAUAGUUGAUGCCCUAACCCUAAGUGUGAGUAUCGAUAAUCCCAAUGAUUCACCCAAACCAUCACUCUCCGCUUCGUGUUCUGAUUCGAACGUAGGUUCGCUAUCGAAACAAAAUUCUGUUGUGAUUCCAGACAUGCAGAUUCCAUGUCCCCAAACUUACAAGGUUAGGAGAGCUUGUUUGCAUCGCUCGAAAACCGCGCCUGCAAUUUGUACUAUCAAUGAUUUGGAACGGAUUUCGAAGCCGAAACCGCCUCAGUUAGGGUCCCCGUCGAUUGUUCGACAAUCGGCUGUGUUGUUGGUUACGUAUUUGUCACUUGGUGUGGUUAUAUAUUGGUAUAAUAAUGAUCAUUUUGUGGGUACUGAGACUUAUGUGGUUGUUGAUGCUUUGUAUUUUUGUAUUGUGACAAUGUGUACAAUUGGGUAUGGUGAUAUACUUCCGAAUAGUCCGGUGACUAAGCUGUUUUCGAUCAUGUUUGUGUUGGUUGGGUUCGGGUUUAUUGACAUCUUGCUUAGUUCGAUGGUGAGUUAUGUUCUCGAUUUGCAAGAGAAUUACUUGUUGAGUCAUUUGACGAACGAGAAGAAACGAUAUCAUCCUUCUUAUAUAAUCGAUUUCAAGAAAGGGAGGAUGAGGAUAAGGACGAAAGUCGGGUUGGCGUUAGGGGUGGUGGUUCUUUGUAUCGGUUUGGGUGUUGCUGUUUUGCAUUUUGUGGAGAAUCUUGGUUGGCUUGAUUGUUUUUAUCUUUCUGUUAUGUCUGUGACUACAGUUGGAUACGGUGAUAUCGCGUUUUCGUCAGCCAGUGGACGGGUUUUUGCUUGUGUUUGGUUGCUUGUUUCUACUCUUGCAGUUGCUCGGGCCUUUUUGUAUUUGGCCGAAGCUCGGGUUGAUAAGAGGCAUCGGAGGAUGGUCAAAUGGGUUCUCGGUCAAGAUCUCACUGUUGCACAGUUUCUUGCCGCUGACAUUGAUAACAAUGGUUCUGUAAGUAAAGCCGAGUAUGUGAUAUACAAGUUGAAAGAGAUGGGAAAGGUUACGGAUAAAGAUAUAUUACAAAUAUGCACAAUAUUUGAUCGGCUCGACACAGGGAACUCUGGAAAGAUAUCACUUGCCGACCUUAUGCAGAGCCGAAUCGACAGAGAAGGUGAACCACGUACACAUGUGCGGUGAUUAACGUAUCCCAGAUCAACAGUCAUACAGAAAUUUUUGCGGGUUAACUCAUACAUACUUAUGCGAGACGGUCAAGAGGCCCGGUUUACAUGGCAGGAUGAAGCUCCCCUGUUUUAUUGGUGUAUCAAUUGCUUUACAUCCAUAAUGACAUAAAGAUAUUGGGUUGGAAACUUAUAAGAGGAAUCAUUAUACUGCU